GGAAACUGACCCCGGUCACAGUGAUCCUGGCUUCCCCCCCCCCAGACGCACCCCUCACCUGCCAGCCAUGGCCCCAUUGGCCCUGCGCCUCCUGGUGGUCCUCCCCACCCUCCUCAGCUUGGCAGCCUCCCUGGACUGGAAGGCAGCCCCCAGCCCGGACCCCUUUGCCAAGUGCAUGCAUGACCCCGACUACGAGCAGCUGCUCAAGGUGGUGACCCUGGGCCUCAACCGCACGCUGAAGCCCCAGAAGGUGAUCGUGGUCGGCGCGGGCGUGGCUGGGCUGGUGGCCGCCAAGGUGCUCAGCGAUGCCGGCCACAAGGUCACCAUCCUGGAGGCAGAUAACAGGAUCGGUGGUCGCAUCUUCACCUUCCGGGACCGGAAGACAGGCUGGAUUGGGGAGCUGGGAGCUAUGCGCAUGCCCAGCUCUCACAGGAUCCUCCACGAGCUCUGUAAGAGCCUGGGCCUCAACCUGACCAAAUUUACCCAGUACGACGAGAACACGUGGACAGAGGUGAGCGAGGUGAAACUGCGCAACUACGUUGUGGAGAAGAUGCCUGAGAAGCUGGGCUACAACCUGCGGCCCCGGGAGCGGGGGCGCGCGCCCGAGGAGAUCUACCAGAUGGCCCUCAACAAGGCCCUCAAAGAUCUCAAGGAGCUGGGCUGCAAGAAGGCCAUGAGAAAGUUCGAGAAGAGCACGCUCCUGGAGUACCUGCUCGAGGAGGGCAACCUGAGCCAGCCGGCCGCGCGGCUCCUGGGCGACGUGCUGUCCAAGGACGGCUUCUUCUACCUCAGCUUCGCCGAGGCCCUGCGCGCCCACAGCUGCCUCAGCGACCGGCUCCGGUACAGCCGCAUCGUGGGCGGCUGGGACCUGCUGCCGCGCGCGCUGCUCAGCUCGCUCUCCGGCCCGGUGCUGCUGAACGCGCCCGUGGUGGGCAUGACCCAGGGCCUGCACGACGUGCGCGUGCACAUCGCCACCUCGCGCCGGGCGCGCAACCUCAAGGCCUUGACGGCCGACGUGGUGCUGGUGACGGCCAGCGGCCCGGCCCUGCAGCGCAUCGCCUUCACGCCGCCGCUGUCACGCAAGCGGCAGGAAGCGCUGCGCGGGCUGCACUACGUGCCGGCCACCAAAGUGUUCCUGAGCUUCCGCCGGCCCUUCUGGCACGACGAGCACAUCGAGGGAGGCCACUCCAACACCGACCGCCCCUCGCGCGUCAUCUACUACCCGCCGCCGGGCGAGGGCGCGCUGCUGCUGGCCUCGUACACGUGGUCGGACGCCGCGGCCCCGUUCGCCGGCCUGAGCCUGCAGCAGGCGCUGCGCUUGGCCCUCGACGACGUGGCCGCACUGCACGGGCCGCUCGUGUACCGGCUGUGGGACGGCAGCGGGAUGAUCAAGCGCUGGGCGGAGGACCCGCACAGCCAGGGCGGCUUCGUGGUGCAGCCACCGCUGCUCUGGCAAGCCGACCUGGAGAGCGGGCCGGAGUACGACUGGGCGGUUCCCUAUGGCCGCAUCUACUUCGCCGGCGAGCACACAGCGCUCCCGCACGGCUGGGUGGAGACAGCCGUCAAGUCGGCGCUGCGGGCAGCUAUGAGGAUCAACAACCGAGAAAAGCACGUGCAACCCAUAGCCAGCUCGGAGGAGCCGAAGCCUCUGCACACCGGGGCCGCGGCCGGGCUGGAGGAGCAAGGCCAUGCAGCCGUGGAUACCAGCCCAGACGAGCAGGGCCACACGCCAGCCGAGGCCACCCCAGAAGAGCCGCCGCACGCACAUACGGAGGCCAGCACGGACGAGCAGGGCCACGAGCAGGGCCACGGCCACGCAGACACCACGCCCGAGGAGCAGGUGCACUCGCAAGCAGAGGCCAACCCGGAGAGCCCAGCACACCUGCUCUCCGAUACCAACCUGGAGGGGCAGAGCCACGCGCUCCCAGAGACCAGUGUGGAGGGGCAGAACCACCUGCUCCCCAGCACAGGCUCCGAGGGGCAAAGCCAUUCCUUCCCAGAGGCCAGCACGGAGGGGCAGGGCCAUUCGGUCACCGAGGCCAGCCCAGAGGGCCAGGGGAAUGAGAUCCAGGAGACAAAUUCCGAGCCCGUGGCAGAGGUGCCCAUGCAGAUGUACCCGGCCAGCAGCCCCCCGUGCAAAGGGUCCAAGGGAGGGGCCACGCCAUCCUCAUCCCAACACAUACUAUCUCCCCAGCACACUACGCACAAGAAGGCUUCACAUUAA